UUCCAUUGUUCACCGGUGGGCUCUGACAAUGCCUGCGACUGCUGUCGAUCGUCCGCACCGGCCAUGGCUCCUCUUCCCGUUAGGCUCGCAGCCCGGCCUUGUAACCCGGCCUCGCGUCAAUUCACCCACCCUGCCGCGAUCCGCUAGCCGGCACAGCCACACUGGCGCAGUCGUCAACAUCCCCGCCCCUUGGCAACCGUACACAUUCUAUUUACGAAGCCCUUCGGUCCCGCUGCUAGCAUCGCUCGCAAAUCGUCCGCCGGCACGAUGCAGCGCAUGCAACGGCUCACUGGGCGGUUCCUGCCGCGGACGCCCAAUGAAGCUGACAUCGAGGCCAUGCUGCGCGACUUCAGCGACGCCGAAGUCAUGUUGACAAAGCUCGAAGAGUCUUUCAAGCAGUGGCGCGACGCCUGGACCAACAUCCUCAACCACCAGCUGGCGACCGUCGAGCACCUCUACACCAUCUUCAAGCCCCUGGGCGCCGAGAAGGCCGGCCUGAGCACCCAUGUCGCCGUCGAUACCCCCCAGGCCACCUUGGAGCGCGUUGCCGCGCUGCAGGAGGCUUUCGCAGAGCUCAAGACGGACAUGAUGGAGGAAGUCAAGGACAUUGACAGGAAGCUCAUCGUUCCGGCCAAGCUGGCCAAGGACGCCCUCAAGCCCAUGCACAAGACGAUGAAGAAGCGCGAGGACGCAAAGGUCGACUACGAGCGCUACAAGAGCCGCUGCGACGCCCUGCAGAAGAAGAAUACUCGCUCCGACCGCGAGAACGUUGCACUGGUCAAGCACGAGGCCGACCUCGAGCGCUCGCAGCAGGCCUACUGGAGCGCCGACGAGUCCCUGCGCAACUCGCUGCCGCGCCUCAACGAAGCGACCUUCUCCAUCCUGCCCCACCUUCUGGCGAACCAGAUUGUGCUGCAGAACAACUUGAUUGGCAACCUGUACACGGUGCUUCACCAGUACUCACAUGAGCAGGGUUACCCAGACCCGCCGCCUGAGCCCGAGGAGGUCAUACCGGAGUGGGAGGGUACCUUUACGCCCCUGCGCAAGGAGCUAGAGACCGAUUUCUCCCUCAUCCGAACGGGCAAAGCGGUCCACCAGCCCAUGCGACUGCCCGACAAGGGUGACACCCUGACCGGCUUGGGCAUCAGGAACAAGGUGCUGCCUGGACGACGAGCAAGCAGCAAUGAUAGCGUGCCAACUGUCUCGGGUGGCGGCCGGGCGUCAAGACCCUCGACAACCUUGACCUCGCCGGACGAAGACGGGCCGCCUCCACCGUCCUACAACCUGGCGACUAAGCCUUCGAUCCAGUCUCUCAAUGCCUCGAAACCCAAGAUCUCCAGCAGUUCGCCGAUGCUCGCACCCUCCAACGGCGAUCACUACGCGCGACGUGUUUCGUCAAGUUCGCACCUAUCGACGCACUCCAACGGCACCACUGCAGGCGCCGAGAACGGCACAGGCGGGCGCGACUACUUCGGCAAGAUCCCAUCACGUGGCUCGACUGCCUCCACCCCAGCAUACACACCCGGUAGCCUGUCGCCGAACCCAGCAGCGGGCAAGAAGAAGCCACCGCCGCCACCGCCACCGAAGAAGAUUGCCUCGUUCCAGGCACAGUACGUCACAGCCAUGUACGACUUUGACAGCCACACAGCAGGCGACCUGUCCUUCAGGGAGGGCGACCGCAUCCGCGUGAUCAAAAAGACAGACAGCUCGCAGGACUGGUGGGAGGGCGAGGUCAACGGCCAGAAAGGAAGUUUCCCAGCCAACUACUGCAAGUAGGGCGGAGCACGGCUAUAUGAUAUCCAAAACUGCAUUAGAGGUGUUUGGGGUUGAUCUACGAUUGAACAAACUUGAGUCUUGCCAGUUGUGACGUGUCUGUCGAAGUGUGUUGUGAAAUGUUGUUGUGAAAUGUUGUAAAAUGUUAUUGUGAAAUGUUGUAAAAUGUUAUUGUGAAA